UCAUUUCAACGUUUUGUCCAGUAACGAUGGCUCUUUGGUGGUUUAUGGUUCUGGUGAGCUUCUUCUUGCUUGGCAGAGGUGAAGACAAAGAGUGUGACAACUUUUCCGACGUGGACUUCCACGAGGCGUUCAUUGGAACCAACCUGUACGUGCGUCUGCUCCUGUACACACGCGCUAACCUGGACUGCGGCUAUGAGCUUCCUCACCACAACUUCACCAAAGUGCCGCUGUUCCACGUGACCCGACCCACCACCUUCGUCAUCCACGGCUACCGGCCCACCGGCGCGCCCCCCAUCUGGAUCAACCACAUCACACAGCUGCUGGCCGAGCAGGCCGACAUGAACGUCCUGGUGGUGGACUGGAACCGUGGAGCUGCCAACUUCAACUACUUCACCGCUGUGGCAAACACACGCCACACUGCCGCCAACAUCACCGCCUUCAUACACAGGAUGACCGAGGAGGGAGCGUGUCUCGACUCGAUCCAUCUCAUAGGAGUGAGUCUGGGUGCACAUGUGGCUGGGUUUAUAGGAGCUAUGCUGGGAGGCCGAGUGGGACGAAUCACAGGUCUGGACCCCGCUGGCCCGAUGUUUGCAGGCGUGCCUCCAGAGGAGCGUCUGGAUCCGACUGAUGCUCAGUUUGUAGACGUCUUACACACAGACAUGAACUCAUUUGGCCUCAGAGGAGUUAAUGGUCAUAUUGAUUUCUAUGCCAAUGGCGGACUAGACCAGCCCGGGUGCCCCAAGACCAUCUUCGCAGGAAAGUCCUACUUUGUUUGCGACCAUCAGCGCUCUGUUUUUCUCUAUCUGUGCUCUCUAAACCGCACCUGUCACCUCACUGCUUAUCCCUGCUCUUCCUACACUGACUUCAUCAACGGCCAGUGCAUGCAGUGUGAGGCCUUUUAUCCAGCUUCCUGCCCUGUUCUGGGAUAUGACUUAAGCCAGUGGAGGGACAAACUGUUGAAACUGGGCCAGACGAAAGUCUAUUUCUCUACCACAGCAGAGCCACCAUACAGGAAGACGAGCUACAUAGUGGACACUGUUACGUGGAAUCAGUACCUUCGAUGGGGGGUAGUUAUCCUUCGCCUUCACAGUGGAAAAAAUGUAACAGAGACGAGGAUCGACCACAAGCUGCUGCAGUUUGAGAAACACACCUCCAUGCGACUGCUCGCCCAGUUUGACGAGGACUUGUAUCCAGUUCAGAAGAUCUCCUUCAGGAUCGUCACCGGGAAUGUGAUCGGACCUCGAUAUAAGAUUCGUCUCCUCCGCAUUACGAUUACGCCACUGGAUCUGCCAGAGAGGCCUCCGAUGUGCCGAUAUGACCUCAUCAUGGAGGAGAAUGCAGAGGUGACCUUCAAACCACUGUUGUGUGAUGAGUCCCAUCUGUAAGCCUUCAUAAAGUUGUCAUGUUACAAAGUGCAAACCAGCUAAGUCGAGGAGUGUGUAUCAUCUGGCAGGGAAGCACUGAAGAGAGCAUUGUAUUUUGGAUGAUCUUCUUGUGCCUACACACAGACAUUUUCUGCAUUUCAACACUGACAAGAUGUUUGUGGACUUUCUUCUAGACUGUCCAAUCUAUUCCACUGAAUUGGAACUGUUAGUUUGGACUCCAAAGUGAAUAUUUUUUCAUAAAUGAAACAUUGCUAUUUUCAAUAAAGUGACACGUUAUCCCUUUAUAACGCAUGCAUUAUACAUGUAUAUAAUCUUUUUUUUUUUUUUUUGUCAAUUUAUUGCUACAGAGGAAUUGUUCCCUUUUCAUACCCUGACCCAGCGUCUCUCACAAACACACUUCAGAAAGUCUUAGAAGCUCUGUCCAUGGACCUUCGGAUCUCUUUUAAACACAAUUCAGCAUCUUGAAGUUUGCGAUCUGAUUGGCUCUCCUUAUCAGUAUAAGUCAUGGAGAGCAGCUGCUCAGCUUUAGGAUCCCUGAUUCAAUCCUGAGCUCGGGUCUCUGUGUAGUUUCUGUGCAUGUUCUCCUCAUGUUCGCAUGGGUUUCCUCCAGGUUCUCCUCCUUCCUUCCAUGCCAGUAGUUGGACUGUUUAUGAAA